AUGGCCGACAAGCGCAUCGAGAGCGACGCCUUUGGCGAGAUCGAGGUGCCCGCCGACAAGUACUGGGGCGCCCAGACGCAGCGCUCGCUCAGCAACUUCAAGAUCAACCAGCCCCAGGACCGCAUGCCGCCGCCCGUCAUUACCGCCUUUGGCAUCCUCAAGGGCGCUGCGGCGACGGUCAAUAUGCGCUUCGGACUCGACCCCAAGAUCGGCCAGGCCAUCCAGCAGGCCGCCAAAGAAGUCGCUGACGGCAAGCUGCACGACCACUUCCCCCUCGUCGUCUGGCAGACGGGCUCCGGCACCCAGUCCAACAUGAACGCCAACGAGGUCAUCUCCAACCGCGCCAUUGAGAUCCUCGGCGGCACCAUGGGCUCCAAGAAGCCCGUCCACCCCAACGACCACGUCAACCGCAGCGCCUCCUCCAACGACACCUUCCCCACCGUCAUGCACAUCGCCGCCGUCCUCGAGUUUGAGCGCGACCUGCUGCCCGCCCUGCGCAGCCUCCGCGCCGCGCUGCAGGCCAAGGUCGACGAGUUCGAGGCCAAGAAGAUUAUCAAGAUCGGCCGCACCCACCUGCAGGACGCCACGCCUCUGACGCUGGCCCAGGAGUUCUCGGGCUACGUCGCCCAGCUCGACUUUGGCAUCGAGCGCGUCGAGAGCUCCCUGCCCCACCUCAAGCUGCUGGCCCAGGGCGGCACAGCCGUUGGCACCGGCAUCAACACCUUUGAGGGCUUCGCCGAGGCCAUUGCCGAGGAGGUCAGCAAGAUGACGGGCAUCACCUUCAAGACGGCGCCCAACAAGUUCGAGGCGCUGGCCGCCCACGACGCCAUCGUCCAGGCCCACGGCAGCCUCAACACCCUGGCCGGCUCCCUCACCAAGAUUGCGCAGGACAUCCGAUACCUGGGCAGCGGUCCCCGGUGCGGCCUCGGCGAGCUGAUUCUGCCCGAGAACGAGCCCGGCAGCAGCAUCAUGCCCGGCAAGGUCAACCCCACGCAGUGCGAGGCCCUGACCAUGGUCUGCGCCCAGGUCAUGGGCAACAACGUCGCCACGACCAUUGGCGGCAUGAACGGCCAGUUUGAGCUCAACGUGUACAAGCCUCUGAUGAUUCGCAACCUGCUGCACAGCUCGCGCAUUCUGGCCGACGGCAUGCGCUCGUUUGAGGAGCACCUGGUCAAGGGCCUGCAGGCCAACGAGGAGAAGAUUGCCAGCAUCAUGAAGGAGUCGCUCAUGCUGGUGACGUGCCUCAACCCCAAGAUUGGCUACGACAUGGCCAGCAAGGUUGCCAAGAACGCGCACAAGAAGGGCCUGACGCUCAAGCAGAGUGCCAUGGAGCUCCAAGCGCUUACGGAGCAGGAGUUUGAUGAGCUCGUUAAGCCCGAGCUCAUGGUCAAGCCCAAGAGCGUGUAA